GGGCAAGUCAUGCCCAGGAACUGGAGAUCAAAGUACAAAAGUUCAAAACGACCGGUCGGGUCGUUACGCUUGAUGACAACAAUGUUCUUGCAAAGUCAUUUAGAAUAAUAAGAGAUCAAUUUCAAGAAGACCGAACCUCAAAUGUUAGACUUAGAUUAAUAGGGAAAAGAUGCUCGGAUGGAAGAAGAUAUAAUUUACCAACAGUUUCAGAGGUAGCUGCUUUGAUCAUUGGAGAUUUUGAACAAACAAGGUCUGAUAGAGAUAUCAUAGUUGAAAGCCAAUCUGGACAACUACAAAGGAUAAAUGAAUUAAAUGCAUCAUACUUAGGUUUGCAAUAUCCAUUAUUAUUUCCAUAUGGUGAAGACGGAUAUCGAGAAGAUAUUCCUUUAAAUGAUAUUGAUGAUUCUACCGGUGGAAGGAAAUGCGUUAGCACGCGUGAGUACUUAUCGUAUAAAAUUCAAGAAAGGAAGGAUGAAGUUCCAACAAUUGUGUCAACUAGAAGAUUAUUUCAGCAAUUCUUGGUAGAUGGUUAUACAAUGAUGGAAUCUUCUCGAUUGAGGUUCAUUAGGCUUCAUCAAAAACAAUUGAGAGCACACUUUUAUAAAGGGUUACAAGAUGCUGUUUUACAUGGAGACAUAGAACCUUCUUCUCAAGGACAAAGAGUUAUACUCUCUUCCAGCUUUAUGGGGGGUGCACGUUACAUGUUGCAAAUUUAUCAAGAUGCCAUGGCAAUUUGCAAAUGGGCCGGGUACCCUGAUCUGUUCAUCACAUUUACCUGCAACCCAAAAUGGCCAGAGAUUAUUAGAUUUGUGGAGAGUAGGGGAUUAUCUCCAGAAGAUCGUCCCAACAUUUUAACAAGGGUUUUCAAAAUCAAGCUGGAUCGCAUGAUAAAGGAUCUACGUGACAAUAAAGUUUUUGGAGAAGUAAAAGCAGUUGAAUUCCAAAAGCGAGGCUUGCCUCAUGCACACAUCUUGCUUUUUCUUCGGAAUAAAUACCCAAAUGUCGCAGAUAUUGAUGGAAUAAUUUCAACAGAAUUACCAGAUAAAAAAGUAGAUCCUCAUUAUUAUAAUGCCGUUACAAAUUUCAUGAUGCAUGGCCCUUGUGGUGCUGCUAGAAAAUCUUCUCCUUGCAUGCAGAAUGGUAGAUGUACAAAGCACUUUCCAAAAAAAAUUGUGUCAUCAACCACAAUUGAUGAAGAUGAGUAUCCAAUUUAUAGAAGAAGAGAUGAUGGUAGAACUGCAAAGAGAGUAGGUAUUGAGUUGGAUAAUAGGUAUGUUGUACCACACAAUAGAUUUUUAUUAUUGAAGUAUGGUGCACAUAUUAACGCGGAGUGGUGUAAUCAAUCACGAUCUAUUAACUACUUAUUUAAGUAUGUUAAUAAAGGAAAUGAUCGUGUUAUCACAGCUUUUUCUCAAAGUGUAAAUAAGGAAGACUCAGGGGUCGUUGAUGAAAUAAAUAUGUAUUGUGAUUGCCGAUACAUAUCACCUUGUGAAGCUGCUUGGAGAAUUUUUAAAUUCUCAAUACACCACAGAGAACCAUCGGUAGAAAGGCUAUCUUUUCACCUGCCAAAUAAUCAAACUGUCAUAUUUUCGGAUGAUGAUCCAAUUGAUGCAGUUGUCAACAGACCAACCGUUAAGGAAUCUAUGUUUUAAGCUGGUUUGAAGCUAAUAAGACAUUUCCUGAAGUAAGAAAAUUGACUUAUGCAGAAUUUCCUCUAAAGUUUGUGUGGAAACAAAACCUGAAAAGAUGGGAAAAAAGAAGAACAUCUGCAUUUUCUAUUGGGAGAAUCUUCUUUGUUCCACCUGGAUCCGGCGAGCAAUAUUACCUUAGAUUAUUUUUGAAUGUCAUUAAAGGUCCAAAGAGCUAUGACGAACUCAAAAGAAUCAACGGUUGUGAUCAUGAGAAUUUUAGAGAUGCAUGUUAUGCUUUGGGUUUAUUAGAUGAUGAUAAGGAAUACGUGGAUGCUAUAAUGGAAGCAAGUAAUUGGGGAAUGACAUCAUAUCUUAGGCAAUUAUUUGCUAUGCUACUUUUAUCAAAUUCAAUAUCACUGCCAGAAAGAGUUUGGCAAGCAACAUGGCAUUUACUAUCAGAAGAUAUCCUUCAUGAAGAAAGAACAAUAUUGGAUC